CGGCGCUGCGACCCGGGGCCGCCCUCGGGGCGACUGUUUCCCGGUCGCGAGCUGCCAUUGUGACCGGGGAGGGGCCCGGGGGCUAACUGGCCCUGCCUGAGGAGGCCUGACAGCGAGGGCGUCCGGCCGGGCGCUCGCGGCUGAGGCCUGGUCACGUCACGGGGCCGGGAGUCCCUCGGGUCCCCGUGGGCCGAGAGAGGCCGGGCCGGUUCUGCCCGGAGCCCAGUACGGGGGCCGCGGGGCCGACCUUGGGGCCUGCCCGAGCUCGGCUCACUCUUUGGGAUGACAGAGCUAACCCCUUGCGGCCCCAGAAGAGCCUGGACAGAAGCCCCCGUGGUUUCGGAGCCAACUGCAAGCGUGUUUGUGUCUGGCCGUUGCCCUGCUGUUGUUGAUUAACAACUGCCUUGUCUGGCACCGUAGCAGGUACUGAAGAUAGCAGACCCUACAUUAGCUGAGAUGGGAAAAAACUUGAAAGAGGCCAUGAAGAUGCUAGAGGACAGUCAGAGAAAAGCAGAAGAGGAAAAUGGAAAGAAGAUAACAGGAGAUAUUCCGGGGCCACUCCAAGGCAGUGGACAAGACAUGGUGAGCAUCCUCCAGUUAGUUCAGAAUCUGAUGCAUGGAGAUGAAGAUGAGGAGCCCCAGAGCACCCGAAUCCAGAAUAUUGGAGAACAAGGUCAUAUAGCUUUGCUGGGGCAUAGUCUGGGAGCUUAUAUUUCGACUCUGGACAAAGAGAAGCUUAGAAAACUUACGACCAGGAUACUUUCAGACACUACAUUAUGGCUAUGCAGAAUUUUCAGGUAUGAAAAUGGCUGCGCUUAUUUCCAUGAAGAAGAAAGAGAAGGACUUGCAAAGAUCUGUAGGCUUGCUAUUCAUUCCCGUUAUGAAGACUUUGUAGUGGAUGGUUUCAACGUGUUAUAUAACAAGAAACCUGUUAUAUAUCUUAGUGCUGCUGCUAGGCCUGGCCUGGGCCAGUACCUUUGUAAUCAGCUCGGGUUGCCCUUCCCCUGCUUGUGUCGUGUGCCAUGUAACACUAUGUUUGGAUCCCAGCAUCAGAUGGAUGUUGCCUUCUUGGAGAAACUGAUUAAAGAUGAUAUAGACCGAGGAAAACUGCCCCUGUUGCUUGUGGCAAAUGCUGGAACUGCGGCAGUAGGGCACACAGACAAGAUCGGGCGUCUGAAAGAGCUCUGUGAGCAGUACGGCAUAUGGCUUCACGUGGAGGGUGUGAAUCUGGCAACCUUGGCUCUAGGUUAUGUCUCCUCAUCAGUGCUGGCUGCAACCAAAUGUGACAGCAUGACAUUGACUCCGGGUCCAUGGCUGGGUUUGCCGGCUGUCCCUGCAGUCACCCUCUAUAAACACGACGAUCCUGCCUUGACUUUAGUUGCCGGUCUUACAUCAAACAAGCCAGCAGACAAACUCCGUGCCCUGCCACUGUGGUUGUCUUUACAGUACUUGGGGCUUGAUGGGAUUGUGGAGAGGAUUAAACAUGCCUGCCAGCUGAGUCAACGGUUACAAGAAAGUUUGAAGAAAGUGAACCACAUCAAAAUCUUGGUGGAAGAUGAGCUCAGUUCUCCAGUAGUGGUGUUCAGGUUUUGCCAGGAAUUACCAGGCUCAGAUCCGGUGCUCAAAGCCAUCCCCGUGCCCAACAUGGCACCUUCAGUAGUCGGCCGGGAGAGACACUCCUGUGAUGCCCUGAAUCGCUGGCUGGGAGAGCAGCUCAAACAGCUGGUGCCCGCGAGCGGCCUCACGGUCAUGGACCUGGAAGUGGAGGGCGUGUGCAUCCGGUUCAGCCCUUUGAUGACAGCCGCAGUUUCAGGCACUCGGGGGGAGGAUGUGGACCAGCUCGUGAGCUGCGUACAGAGUAGGCUGCCCGUCCUGACUUGCACGCUGCAGCUACGGGAGGAGUUCAAGCAGGAGGUGACAGCAACAGCAGGUCUCCUGCACAUCGAUGACCCGAACUGGCCUGGAAUAGGGGUUGUCAGGUAUGAACAUGCUAAUGAUGAUAAGAGCAGUUUGAAACUCGAUCCAGAAGGGGAAAAAAUCCACGCUGGACUCCUGAAAAAGUUAAAUGAACUGGAAUCUGACCUUACGUUUAAAAUGGGCCCAGAGUAUAAAAGCAUGAAGAGCUGUAUUUACGUUGGCAUGGCGAGUGACGACGUGGAUAUUUCUGAACUGGUGGAGACCAUUGCAGUCACAGCCCGAGAAAUUGAGGAGAACUCACGGCUUCUGGAAAACAUGACAGAGGUGGUUCGGAAAGGGAUUCAGGAAGCUCAGGUUCAGCUGCAGAAGGCAAAUGAGGAGCGACUUCUGGAAGAGGGGGUGUUGCGGCAGAUCCCCGUCGUGGGGUCCGUACUGAACUGGUUUUCUCCAGUACAGGCUUCACAGAAGGGAAGAACCUUUAACCUAACAGCAGGCUCCCUGGAGUCCACGGAACACACCUACGUCUACAAGGUCCAAGGCACAGGAGUCACACCACCUCAGACUCCCUCAGGCACCCGCACGAAGCCGAGACUUCCAGGCCAGAAGCCUUUCAAGAGGUCCCUGAGGGGUUCUGAUGCCCUGAGUGAGACAAGCUCAGUGAGCCACAUUGAAGACUUGGAAAACAUGGAGCAUCCAUCUGGUGGGCCAGAGCAGGUGGCCCUGGAGACCAGCAGCCCCGAGCUCCACCCCGGGGCUCCUACCCCGCAGGACGCCGAGCAGCCGGGGGCCCUCCAGAACAGGACCCAGAGCCCCGAGGAUGACCGGCCACAGAUGAAGAAACGAGGGUGCAGAGAUUUCAGAUGUACCCACCCCGUAAAUUCUCACCUCUAGUAUUUGCUUAUCAUCCUGCUGCAGCCAGAAAUCCACAUGUGGAAACGGCAUCCAGGAGUACGGCCCUAUGCGCAAUUGUUCUGUCUUUGCGUCGUAAAUACUAAUCAUCUAAGAAAGAACAUUU